AUGAGUAACAGUUAUAAUAAUUCUGCAUUAUCUGUAAAUCCAGUACUGGGUACAUUUUCUGCUGAUGAUAUUAAUAUUCAACCAUAUUGGCUUGUUGUUCUUCAACUAAUCGUUGUACAAUUUUUCCAACGUGUUUACAAUUAUUUCAGGUACAAUACUUGUUUCACAACACUUGAAAUUGCUGGUUUGAUAAGAAUAUUUCAAAAAUAUCCAACAUCUUUAAGUAUUAAUAGUAACACUAGUAUUACCGCCGAUAAAACUCGUCUUAUUAAGCUUCGUAGUAUGAUUUCUAUCAGUUACUUUGAAGCAAUCACUUGUUUAUCAAUCUUUGGUCAUUCUAUAUGGUAUUGUAUAAUUCAAUCUUCAUGUCUUGGAUCAUCAUCCUUAGCAACAACAUGGAAUUGUUAUAAUGCAUUUGGUUAUCGUUUAUACAAUUAUGUAUUUGUUUCCUAUUGUUCAACAGCAUUAAAUUGUAUUUAUGUUAUAUAUAUGGAAGGAUUUCAACAGAUUAUUACAACUGAUUAUAAACGUGGUAGUUUCCGUUGGAUUAUUUAUUAUGCUUCAUUAAUCAUCAUUGUGAUAACACUUCCUAUUGUUACUUGUAUUUUACUGCCUUUUUUUCUUACUAAUGUCAUACCAAUGUUUGUCAUUUAUAUUUGGAUGUCUACAAUUUAUAUUGGUGUUUCAUCUUAUCUUAUCUUUGCGGGAUUUUUCGUUUAUGAUGAUAUUGAUGAAUUACGAGAGAGAAAAAAACUUUCAAAAGAUGAAGAUCCAAAUGAACAAGCAUGUUGUUCUUUUAUGUUCACUCGAAAAGAAUUACCACAUGUCGCAUUUAGCAUAGUAUUGGCAUUAUUCAUUACAACAUUUCCUAUACUACUAUCAAUCUUUUUUAAUUACUCACAAUUCUUCUAUUAUGGUGAUAGUUAUUUGAGAACGAUUGAAGAUGAUUAUAACACAAGAAAUACUGAUCAAUACUUUAACAUAUUAAAAAAUUCUAUUAAACAAAUUUUGCAUUCAGUUUUAAAUUUUUUAUAA